UGUUGCACUUUUCUUGCGCUUGAUCCACACCGACCAACUUUUAGCAGAUCCUUCGUAUUUAUUGAUUUCUUGGAUUGAAAAUGACGACCCCACUUCAAAUGACAGACUUGGAGCAGGUUUAUCGUGCAAUUCACACGUUAUAUUCUCAAGAUCAGUCCAUUCCUGUGACCGAUAAACAAGCUGCGUCCACAUGGCUUAAUGAAUUUCAAAGAUCGGUUCAUUCGUGGGAAAUUGCAGACCAACUUUUACACCGGAAAGCAGAUUUGGAAUCAUGCUAUUUUGGAGCACACACUCUUCGUACAAAAAUUCAGAGCUCAUUUCAUGAACUUCCAGUAGAAGCACAUAUAUCGUUACGAGAUUCCCUUCUCCAACAUAUUGCUAAUAUUAAUGGGGCUACGGAUCACAUUAUCGUGACACAACUAUGCCUCGCCGUCACGCAUUUAAUUCUCCAAGCCGCCUCCUGGGCAGAUCCUAUUGGUCAUUUGUUGAAUACCUUUGGUGCAGAUCCUAGCCAUUGGUGGCCUAUUCUAGAAAUACUCACCCUUUUGCCAGAAGAAGUCCAUUCUAGGAAGUUACAACUAGGAGAAAACCGACGACACCAAGUUACAAAUCAGUUGGAGUCUGUUGCUAUCACUGUCUUGACGUUUUUAAAGCAGUCGCUCAAUGUUUGUUUGACGACUCCGCCAAAUUCUUCUCUACUUCCAGUCGAAACCUGUCUGAUUGGAAUAGUUAAGUGUUUCGGGUCUUGGGUCUUGAUCAAUCCCGAAGGUUUUUUUACAAGUAGUGAAGCUGGUGCGAUGGAUGUUCUUAACUUUUCCAUGGGUAGUUUGAGAGAUGGGAAGUGUUCUCAAAAACUUCACACCGCUGCAGCCGACACGGUAUGCGCCUUGGCGGAGAUUGUCCCAGAUAUGGAUGUAACGUGCAACAAUAAUGCGAAUGACUUACAAAAUUUCCAACUACUGCUUCACACUUCGUUCAUGGGAUUUGGAGAACCGUACGCUUAUGCUGUGGCUGAAGAGGAUCAAGACAAAGUACUGAAUUACUGCCGAAUGUUUACUGAAUAUGGAGAGAAUAUGGUUCCAUACAUGUUACGUAACUCAAGAGACCCACAUUACUCCAUCACCAUCAUAGACAGAAUUUUAGAUUGUGUAGGUCAUCACGACUACGAGGUAGCAGAAAAUACAUUCGGGUUUUGGUAUCGACUUACCGAAGACUUGUACCAUGCUCAUGACGAGUCUCUAAAUUCCUUGUUCUUAAGGCAUGCGCAGCGUUUAAUUAUUGCGUUGCAUAAGCAUUGUCUCAUUGAACCUGAUCAUGAAGGUCCACUAACAUCUUCUGACGAGUUUUAUGAAUUCAGAAGAAAGGCAGCCGAGAUAGUAGAAGACAUUAUAUUUGUUGUUGGCCCUCUGAAUACUUUUCAAGAAUUGGCUAAUUUAUUUAUGAUGGAAAAUACCUGGGAAUCCAAAGAAGCGUCUUUAUUUUUGCUGUACCAUGUGUCGAAGUCAGUCGACCCAACUGAAACAUCAGUUAUAAAACCAUUUGUGGAAACAGUGUUGCAGUUUUCCGACUGGAGACAUGUCUGCUUAAAAUUGUCAGCGAUAAGAUUCUUGGGAGGAAUGGCUAAUUGGCUAAACAAGCAUCCUGACGAAAAUUUAGAAAAGUCUCUAAAUCUUUUAGUGACAUAUUUGCCCCUCCCGGAAUGUAGUAAUGCUGCGGCGGUUGCGCUUCAGAAUAUUUGCCAGCAAUGUGCUGACCACAUAGCAUCUAAAUAUAUCGACAAUUUAUUGGGCAUUGUUGGGCAAAUGGAUCGGUAUAAUGUCUGCAAUGAUGCUGUCGUUGGCUUGCUAAAAGGUGUAGGUCAUGUGGUUGGAAUUCUUCCCCCAGAUCAAUUGUCUACAGUGAUUCGACAAAUCUGUUGGGGUCAAAUACAGCCACUCGUCGAGCUUUGUGAUAAUGAAACACCACCAGUGAAAGGAACCAAGACUGAUCCCGUAUUUUGGGUUGACCGUCUCUCAGCUUUGUUUAGAAAUCCUACAGCACAUGAUAAAGAUGGCCUAGUUGUGGAACACCCAUGCUCUGUCGCAAUUUGUCAAGAUUUAUGGCCUGCCAUUUCCAAAGUUUGUGACAAGUUUCAGGCAGAUCCCCGUGUAAUGGAGAGAGUCUGCAGAUGUCUACGUUACGCAGUUCGAUGUGUUGGGAAACACUCUCAUCCAUUUCUUCAACCUUUAGUUUUUCAGUUGAUAAAUAUAUACAAUGCACACCAUCACAGUUGUCUCUUGUAUUUGGGGUCUAUACUAGUGGACGAGUAUGCAGCAGAGACUCAAUGUGUAGAUGGUUUACUUCAAAUGCUUUCUGCAUUUGUCCCUCCGACCUUUGCCAUUUUGAACGAAGCUGGAGGAUUUAGAAAUCAUCCAGAUACUGUUGACGAUUUUUUUCGCUUAUGCGCUCGUUACCUUCAAAGGUGCCCCUUGGCUAUUUUAAAGUCUGAUAUAAUGGCCUCAUUAGUUCUCUGUGCGACACAAGCAACUCAAUUGGAUCAUCGGGAAGCAAAUGUUUCAGUGAUGAAAUUUUUAUAUGACUUGGUUCAUGCGGGGCGUCGACAGCGAGAAAUGCCAGAUUUUUCUGAACGACAGUCGUUGGUCAGAGUAAUUCUUACUCAAACGGCUCCUCAGUUACUCUGCAUGAUAAUUUUUGGAGUUAUAUUUACAUUGCCCUCCUACACUAUUAAUGAUAUUGCUGAGUUAAUCUAUGAAAUCAAGGAAGUCAUGCCGCAGGAAUCAUCAAAAUGGCUAGAAGACGCUUUGAAACAACUUCCGAAUCAAACUGCAGUUGGGAGUCAAACCGCAACACUUGAACAGCUUCAGUUAUUCCAUAAACAAGCUAUGAGCGCAAGAAGUCCAAAGGAAUUAUCUAGAACCACAAAGGAAUUCUGUCGAUAUUACAGAUAAUGACGAGAAGAAAAGUCAUCUGCCAAUAUUUAUUAUGACUUAUAUCACAUCUAUGCACUCAUCCCAUAAUUAAGGACGUUAAUGUACAGAGGAAUCGACUAUUUGUUUCUCUUCAACUUAAUUUAUCUAUAUUUUACGUGACGCAUUUAAUAGCAAAUUACUUCAGAAUGAAUGACAAUGUCACCAUAUCGUAUCUCUGUCUCCAGCACCAGCCAAGGUAUUUUUUUGUCUUGUCGUUUCAUAUGAAAACGCAGGAUAUAUGGACACAACCAAUUCCCGACGGUAAAUUAAUUAUUUUUACGUAGGUUAUAUGUCAUGAAAUAUAUACGAGAUUAGUUCGAUGGACGACAAACCGUGAUAUAGUGACCCACGCAAGAUAGGCUAGGUUAGAUAUUAUAGACCAGGUUAAUUAAGAAUGUCAUACUUUGUCAGCGUUAAUUUAUUUAAACGAGAACUUUUUAGUGAAAGAUUUAAACUAUGAUUAUCAUGUUGUAACGUUUUAUUGUUUUAUGUCAAUGAUUCCCUGUACGUUGGUUGUGGGUUGAUAGAACAGAAACAACAAAAAUAUAAGGGUGACAUUUUCUUACAGUUAAAAGAAAUUUUAAAUAAACGGUUAGCUGAAAA